CCUCUAGCCGCCAUUUUUCUCCAGCUUUACGCCAGCUAGCUGGUUGACGAGCUGCGAAGUCGCGUAAAUAUCACCACUGUAGGAAAAUACUAUUUUAUCCGAGUAAACUACAUUCAGACCUCUUUAUCGGACGAUAAAGUGUUGUGUAGCGAAGUGGAGACACCUUUGAGGUUGAACGUUUUGGGACUUUUUUCUUUAAGGCUCGUGCAUUAAUUUCGUUGUGAAGAUAGACGUGUUGCAGGGCCGCCAUUUUUUGUUACUGAAGUCUGUCGGGCUAGGAGGCGAAGGUAUCCAGCUAACUGGUUGGAUCACACGCAGAGAGAAAAGCUUGCGAAAUAUUUGCAUGGACGUUAAUGGACGCGACUGCUUUGUGCGAGUCUGCGUAGUGAUGUAGACGCGUUUGUGAGCGUAUUAUGGCGACCUUUUCUCUGUGGUGAGGUGGCUAGCUGGCUAACGUGCUAUAUUGUUUCGUAAACUGGACUAGGUUAGCUGGCUGCUUUUAACAUUACUUCGCGGAAGAAGGAACGGAAAAGCGGAACUUGAAUGGAGGAUUCUCGAUUUGUGUCACGUUUAACCGAGUGAUUUAUUUAAUUGAAAGAAAGAAAGAAAGAACUGUGGUGAGACGUUUAGCUGUUGCAUCUUCUGUGUAGAAAAAAACGGGGGCAACAGUAGCAAUGCAACAAAGUUGGUUCGUCGCAGCCUGUCUGUGAAACGUCAGGUUGCGGUUCAGCUUUAAGAUCGGAGUCGCAAAGAAAUCAAAAUAAAACGUAGCUUGAUUUUAAUUUAUUGCACAUUAAUAUAAUAUAAUAUAUAUAUAUAUAUAUAGUUCAGUUGGAGCAUAUUUAUUUGAGUGCAGUCAUGUCGUCGGCGCGGUUCGAUUCAGCGGACCGGAACAGUUGGUAUUUCGGCGCUCUGUCUCGGCAGGAGACUCAAAACCGGUUACAGGGACAGAGACACGGCAUGUUUCUGGUCCGCGACUCGUCCACUUGUCCCGGGGACUACGUGCUGUCCGUGUCCGAAAACUCCAAAGUGUCCCACUACAUCAUUAACUCAUUACCCACCAAGAGAUUCAAAAUCGGCGACCAGGAGUUUGAUCACCUGCCCGCGCUUUUGGAGUUCUAUAAGAUCCACUACCUGGACACGACCACACUGAUAGAACCUGCCUCCAGGUACCCCAGCACGGCUCUAACCGGCGGCCCUGUUCAACCCAUCGGUGGCCCCGGCGAUGAGAAUCUGGAGUACGUGCGGACUCUUUAUGACUUCACUGGCAGUGACGCAGAGGAUCUUCCUUUCAAGAAGGGCGAGAUCUUGAUCAUUCUGGACAAGCCUGAGGAGCAGUGGUGGAGCGCAAAGAGCAAGGAGGGCCGUGUUGGAAUGAUUCCCGUCCCCUAUGUAGAAAAGAUAGUUAGGCCGUUGCCUCACACUGGGACGAUUGGCCACGGGUCACGCAACUCGAACAGCUACGGCAUCCCCGAGCCUGCACACGCCUACGCUCAGCCUCAGACACCAUCGCCCCUGCCUCCUGGCACACCCGGCGCUGUCAUCAACCCGCUACCUUCCAUGCAGAAUGGGCCUGUCAUGGCCAGAGCCAUUCAGAAACGAGUCCCUUGUGCAUAUGACAAAACUGCUUUAGCAUUGGAGGUGGGUGACAUCGUGAAGGUGACCCGGAUGAACAUCAGCGGUCAGUGGGAAGGCGAAGUGAACGGCCGGAGAGGCUUGUUUCCAUUCACCCAUGUGAAAAUAUUGGAUUCCCAAAACCCAGACGAGAGUGAAUGACCUGGGUGUUGUCCUGUCUGUGCCCUUCUCGACCUGCUGGCUGCCCUGCCGUCGUCACCACCGGAAUCGCACUUGCCUGCUUGAGGCUCUGCCACAGAGCGCAUCUCUCGAGCAAACCAUUUGCGCGGCUUCUGACUGUUUACAGCUCCAAACUUGAGUAGUUCCUAAUCCCCUUUUCCUGGUAUCGAUUCCCAAAUCGGUAUUUUUUGUCUGCCCUUCAAUGUGCUGUUAUUUCCAGCUGUCCUUGUGCCAAGGUGAGGUGUGAGUACUCUGGCUUGUUGUCACGCCUAGUCAUUCUUGCCUCUUUUUUUUUCUCCUCCUGGAAAGCUAGCUUUGACUGUUGACAAGCCAAAACGCAUUAAGAAAGAGAGACAGUCUCAUUGAAAAAGAAAAGGAGUUUUCAAAAUGAGGAGUGGAUUAAAAUGUAAUGUUUUCCUUUUACACAGUGUGUGUCCCCCUCUUCCCCUCUUCUACCCUAGUGAGCCUGACUGCGCCCUCUGCUCAGCGUGUGCGUGAGACGUAAGCAGUCCUAAUCGACCUUGAUUGAGGCUUCAGUCUCUCCCUUGCAGUUUUCUUUAGAGUGCAGAGUACACCAUAUGAAUUCAAUAUUAAUUCAUGAUGCAUCUCAGAAACAGACAUUGUGUGUGAAACUAGUCUACAGCGGUAGCCUUUUUUGAUUUGUGCCAUGAUGAUACACGAUGUGUAAAUAUCAGGUGUAGUGUGUGUGAAAUGGUUGUGGCUUCAUAACGGUCAAGGUAGGUUUCUCUGGGAGGCUUCUUCAAUCCAGUCCUGAUUAACCCCUGAGAUAUGAGAGUGCUUUAGGUUUGCACGUGCGCUAUAACUUCUGUACUGAUGUGAGCAGGAGUGUUUGCACACGGCCUCAUGAGGAAGCAUGCUUCACUGGUUGGAUUUGGUCUGUGAUUAAUGCUGCUUUCUGCUUUGCCUUUGUUUCCACUGAGCUCAACCCAUGUCAUUUAGCUGGUUUUUGCACAUCGGCAGUUUUUGUUUGUAAAUGAUUUAGUGUUUAGUAGCAUUCAGACUCAGUGUCUGCCUUUUUUUUUUUUAAGCUAGCCAAUGAAUCAAUCCUUUACUGUGUUUUAAAAUGAACUGUAGUAAAAAGAAAAAAAAAAGAAACCGUGGAUUUUCUAAAAAGGGAUAAAAAUGCCUGCUGGUUGCCUAUGCGCAUGAUCUGACCAAGAGCGCUCUUCCUCCUGACCCUGCGUUCACAUGCCAUUCCUGCCUCGAUCUGACACGGUUUCACUGGUAACAC